AUGGGAGAUUUUAAUGACUUGAGAUCGAAUGAGGAGAAGUGGGGAGGAAGAGAUAGAGCUGAAGGUAGUUUUAGAGAGUUUAACAGGUUUAUUAGAGCUAAUAAUCUGAUUGAUUUAGGAUAUCAAGGUGUGCCGUGGACAUGGAGCAAUAGUUGGGAAGGGGAUGGUGAGGUGAAAGAAAGGUUGGACAGGUGCCUAUGUAGUACAGAAUGGGUGCAACGAUAUGAGAAGGUAAGGUGCAAUCAUGUUGAAACAGAGGCAUCAGAUCAUCUCAUGCUUAUUGUUGACACUAAUCCAGAUACCAAAAGGAAGCAAAUGAGAUUUUAUUUUGAUCAAAGAUGGACCAAAAAUCCAGAAACAAAGGAGGUGAUUCAAGGAGCAUGGAGAAAAGAUCACCUCGGAUCCAAAAUGUUCAAAGUGACUAGGAAAAUAAAGGAAUGUCGCAUUACAAUUCUGGAAUGGAGGAAAAAAGUGCAAGGUAAUUCCAAAGUAAGAAUCAAGGAGUUAAAGGAGAAACUGGUUAAGGUGAGAGAAAGAAAUGAUAGUGGUAAGGGUGGACAAAUUGCUGAGCUAAAAUCCCAGUUGAGUAAAGCAUAUAAGGAGGAAGAGCUAUACUGGAGCCAAAAAUCAAGGCGCAAAUGGCUCAAGGAAGGAGAUAGAAAUACAACUUUUUUCCACUCAACAGUAAUGGCAAAGAGGAGGAGAAACACUAUUAGUAAGCUGCAGAAAAUUGAUGGGACAUGGUGCAAGAAUGAACAAGAGAUAGAGGAGGAACUCAGUGAAUAUUAUAAAGACCUCUUCACCACUACAAGUCCGAACAACUUUGAGGAUAUUCUCGCAGAAAUACCAAGCACUAUUUUUAGUCAAAUGAAUGAGCAGCUGAUAAGGCUAGUGGAGGAAAAUGAUAUUAGGCAAGCUUUGUUCUCCAUGCAUCCAAACAAAGCACCAGGGACUGAUGGUAUGUCUCCUCUCUUUUUUCAACAUUACUGGAAUAUUGUCAAAGUGGAUUUAGUGGCAGCUAUUAGUAGUUUUUUCCAUACGGGGUACAUGCUCAAAGUUGUGAAUGAAACUAUUAUCUCUUUAAUUCCAAAAAUUGAGGCUCCCAAAUCAGUUGCGAAUUAUAGACCAAUCAGUUUGUGCACUGUCAUGUAUAAAAUCAUUUCCAAAAUCAUAGCAAAUAGGCUGAAAAUGGUUUUGCAACACUGCAUUAGUAACUCUCAGUUAGCUUUUAUCCCAGGCAGGCAAAUUCUUAAUAACGUUGUGGUAGCUCAUGAAAUUCUUCACUUUUUGAAAAAUAGGAGGAAGGGAAUGGUAGGAUACAUGGCACUAAAACUUGACAUGUCAAAAGCUUACGAUAGAGUUGAAUGGAAGUUUGUGGGGAGACUAAUGAUGAAAAUGGGUUUCUGUCCAAUCUUUGUCAGAUGGAUCAUGACUUAUGAUUCUUUACUUUGCUACCAAGCAAACAAGCAGGAGGCGGGGAAGGUAAAAAGCAUUCUGGAAAGAUAUGGCAAAGCAUCAGGGCAGGUGGUAAAUUUUGAGAAAUCAGCUAUCUUCUGUGGCAAAAAUACUCCAGACCUGAGGAAGAAAGAAGUGCAAGACGAACCGGAAAAUAUGAAGGAGGCAAGGAAUGGAACAUACUUGGGGCUCCCGAUGGCAAUUGGAAGAUCAAAGACACAAGUUUUUGGAUUUGUGAAGAGCAAAAUCGAAAACAAGCUUCAAGGUUGGAAACAAAAGCUACUGAGUCAAGGAGGCAAGGAAAUAUUCAUCAAAGCAGUAAUUAUGGCGAUGCCAACAUAUGUAAUGGCCUGCUUUAGAGUCCCUCGAGGCUUAUUCACAGCUAAGAUUGCAAGAUUCUGGUGGGGAAAGGGAGAGCAAGAAACUUGUGUACAUUGGGCAAGCUGGAAGAAGCUUUCAGAAGUGAAGGGAAGAGGGGGGAUAGGUUUUAGAGACCUUGAGGAUUUCAACACGGCCUUGCUGGCAAAGCAAAUUUGGAGAUUCCUAACAGCUCCAAAUUUGCUAGUAAGCAAGGUAAUGAAGGCAAAAUACAUGAAAGACCCAAAUUGGAUGGAAAAAAAUCCCCCACAAUCAGCUUCCUGGUGUUGGAAGAGCAUACAUAGUGCAAAAUCACUAUUGUUAGCUGGCUUGUGGAAAAGAAUUGGGGAUGGCAGGUCGGUUAGUAUAUGGAAUGACAGAUGGAUAACUGGAUCUGAAAAAGGCUUGGUGUCUGGCUCAAAGCCUGAGGAUUGCACGUUAGAAUGGACGGGCUAUGCAGUAGCAAGACAGUUUGGUGCAAAUCAAAGUGAACCGAGAGGAAAUGAUGCUGAAACAAGUUGGGAGAUAAGAAAGGACAGUGUGCGGAAAAAGUUAUGGCAUAUGAAGGUGAAGGCAAAGCUCAAACACUUCUUGUGGAAAUGUUUACAGAAUUGUUUACCGGUCAAUGAGGUACUGUCCAAACGACUAAGAAAGGGUGAAGGUAGAUGUGGCUGCUGUGGGAAAGUUGAGGAAACAAUGGAACACUUGUUCUUCUCCUGUGAAAAUGUAGCAAAGGUAUGGAAAAUGGCUCCAGUCAGAUGGGAUGGAUUACAAGACAAGCAACAUAAUCUAUGGCUUUGGUGGGAGCAAGUUACUCAAGCACUAUCGUUGGAACAAGGACAGGAUAGAGUUAACCUUACCAUCAACAUCCUGUGGCAAAUCUGGAAAGCCAGAAAUAAAAAAGUUUUUGAAGAUGCAAAGCAGGAACCUUUCAAAAUUUUACGGAAAGCACAAGCUGAGUGGUUAGAGUUUGAGCAAGAGAGGGAGCCAGAACAGGAGGGGAUUACAGUCCAGACAAGUUCCGAACUCAAUUCAAGAAGGGAGAUGCCAAGGGAGGGAGUGAUAAGGUUGUAUACGGAUGCAGCUAUAUCAGCCAAAAGGAUCAGGACUGGGCAAGGAAUAAUAGCAAGGAAUACUACUGAAAGCUAA